AAGUGAAUGGUGACAAUGUGUGAAGAAUUAAUUAAUUUCUUUCUGAAAUUCAAAAUGCCUAUAGCAAGUGAAAUUGGAGAGGCAACAAAGGAGCCUGUACUUCAACUAAUUACACCGGAUAUUGGAGACGCACCAAAGCCGAAAAAGAAAAACAAGCGCCGACGUGAUCGUGAGAAGAAAAGAAAUUUGACCAAUAAUUUACUUAUAAAUGCUACAAAUGCAGUUAUUCAAAAUACUGAAGGCACAACUGUUAAUUUAAACAAUAAACAGCCAAAUUUUCUAACUAAGGUGAAUGAUAUUACCAACAAUAUUGGAAAAUCCGCAGUUAAUGUAAAUUGCAAGAAAUCACAACAAAUAGCAAAACAAACAGAUAAGAAAAAUUCUAAGACUGUAAUUAAUUUAAAUAGUAAACUACAGCAACAACAACAGUCAGCAACAAAAGUAGACAAAACUAAUAAAAAAUCUGAAAAUAUUGCUAAAACUGUUGUUAAUGUAGAUAAUAAACCAAAACAGUCAAACUCAAAAGCGAAGAACAUUAGUGGAAGCUCUGAUAAAACGCCUAAAGUUGCAGCUAAUUUAAAUAAUAAACAACAAAAACAACAAAUAAUACCAACAGCUGACAAAAUUGUGGUUACUCCUGAAAAAACGACUGAAGUUCUAACUCAUUUAAACAAUAAACACCAACAACAACAACAACAAACAAUACCAACAGCUGAGAAAAUUAUUGUUACUCCUGAAAUAACGCCUAAACCUCCUGUUAAUACAAACAACAUCGCAAAACAACAACCAACACCGAAAGAAAACAUAAAUAUUGCUAUUCCUGUAAAACCAGUUGAGACUUCUGAAAUGAGUUCCUCAUUGGAAAAACGUACCUCCGUUACAAACACUGGCGGUGGUAUUGUAACAGAAAAAAAUCGUGAGCAAAUUGAAGCUGAACGUAAAGCGAAAAAACAAGCAAAACAGGCGGCUAAACUAGCUAAAAGCAGUGGAAGCAUUAGUAAGGAAAUAACGGGAAUCACACAGAAAUUAUCCGAUCUACAAAUCAGUACUCCCAAAACAACAACUACAACAGCACAAACAGCGGCUACACCAGUUGAGAAUGUAGAAGAAAAGAAACAAUCAAUUACGAAAACGGAUAUAAAACCCACAGUGGUUACUAAAGAUGUAGGUUUAGGUGGAGAAAAAUCUCGUGAACAAAUCAAAGCUGAACGUGAAGCCAAAAAACAAGCAAAACAAGCUUCUAAAUUAGCCAAAAAUGCGAAUACGGAUACGAAUAAAGAAGUAACGGAGUUGAAUACAGAAUUGUCUAAUACGGCUUCAAAACAAACAGUAACAGUGCCAGCUAGCGAAACAAUAACAAGUUCUGUAGAAGAAAAGAAAAAACCUGCACUCACAAAAGCUGAAAGGCGCGCAAUACAAGAAGCACAACGUGCUGCAAAAGCGCAAUCUUUAACUGCAAAAAGUUCUACAACCAAACCGGCUAUCAAUGAUAAAUCAGCAACAGUUGCCAAAACUGCAUCUCCUCCAAUCACCAAAGAGACUAAAUCUCCAAGUGCUAAAGCUACUACUACUACUUCUCCUGCAAAGCAAAGCAAAUUUAUUGACAGUAAAAUGCGGCUAUUUAGCCACUUAGAGUGCGCACGCACUGAUGUCAGCCUAUUUGUGAACAACUCACAAAUCCAUCCAAGCAUUGCGCGCUUAGGUGAACAAUAUGCACAUCGUACAAUAGUUGGUUCGAAUGCUAGAUGCAUCGCCUUUCUAAAUGCGCUGAAAAUGGUUAUCCACGACUUUGAAACUCCACCUAAGAAAGAAUUUUCACGCAGCUUGGAAGUUUUUAUCAAAAAUUGUGUGGAACACUUACAAAAAUGUCGUCCACUAGCAGUUUCCGUUACGAAUGCCUAUAAGCAUAUUAAACAUGUACUGACACAACUGCCAACUGAACAGCCAGAAUCUGAGCUAAAAGGAAAUUUAUGUCACUUUAUUGAUACUUACAUUGAGAAUCAAAUUGGAAAAGCUGCACAAGCUAUCAGCAGUUCAAUGCAGGAAAAAAUUUGUAAUGGU